AUGGUGAGUGUUUCCACUGUCUCCGUCAAAUAAGUAGGCGUUCAGAUCAACUUUGACGGAAUAAAAAAGAUCACGGAAAGACUGAAGUGGAAGCAGGGUACGUUUCAUCCGAAAGAACACUCCUGGGUGCUAUCGGGAGUGUCAUCUGAGACUAAGAAUUUCACUCGAGAACGAUUUGAAACUGGAUCAUUUCAGGGGAUGAAGAUGAGAAUUGGGCGAAGAAGGCUAUAGACAACCUGAUGAAAAAACUAAUAAAACACAACAAACAGGCACUGGAAAGCCUGGAAUUUGCACUACGGGUACGUAAAACUAUUUUUAUUUUGUUGAAAAUGUGACAUUUUUAGUGCCAAGGCCGUCAGAAAACCGAAUGCGUUACGAUUCCGCGGUCUUUGGAUGGACGACUUCAAAUUUCGCAUCGAAAGGUAUCGAAUAGUUUACAAAAUGGGCCGAUUUGUUUAUGAAAACUAAGCACUCACUGGUCGGGUAACGAGGAUGCUCACAAAGACAGAUUUGGGGGACAUUCAAUACCAGAAAAGAGUGUGAGCGUUACCAAAAGUUCACGUUUCUCACGAAGUUUCUGAACUUCCGCAGUGAACUGGCAUGGAAAUGAAUGAAUGAAUGGGAGAAUGCUUAACUGAAAUAGAACCUUUUAGGCUCUUCCCCACGUCAUCUACUGCCGGGUCUACCGAUGGCCGGAUCUUCAGUCUCACCACGAACUGAAGGCCAUCGAAGACUGCCGAUUCUGCUAUGAAUCAGGUCAAAAGGACAUUUGCAUCAAUCCGUAUCACUACAAAAGAGUGCACGCCGCCGGAGUGCUCCCGCCCGUUCUCGUGCCCAGAUACUCGGAGAAACCGCCGCAAGAAGUGCCCCCGACACUGGCCAAAUUCCAAUUGAUGGAGAUGGACGGGUCGAAAAUGCCACAGAAUGUCAAUAUGGCGAACGUCAGUUUCACGUAA